AUGCGCUUGCGGCAGGUCGUGUCAUUCGAGUCUACCCAUCCCCACCAGCGCGUCGGAUUGCUUGAAGACUUCAAACCUGUGGCGAUCGAAGCGGAUGUUACUGCCGUGGUCCUUAACUGGUCACGCUUUCCGAACAUAUUGAAGAUCGCUUCGACGCUUUGCUCGCCAUCGCUUGAUAGCGUCAUUGCGGAGGACUUUGUUGGUACUGGCUGCCUGAAGACAAAACUCAAGAUUCAUAACUCGCCGGAGAACGCAUAUUUCCAGGCAAGGUUCAUUGCGUGCUCAGAGGCCAACACACGGUAUUGCUUUAUUCAGGAUGAUGAUUACCUGGUCAUCCCUGAAGUCAUCCACGCUUUACACGCUAGGAUCCAGGACGUUCAAUGCCCGCACAGUAUCCAUUUGUUGCCUCCGCACGAACACCUUUCAUCGACCCUGCGUGAGAUACGAGCGGAAGGCCUCUACCCGUUCCAUAUCUCAUUUGCCUGGUUAGGAUACGGUGCGAUGCUUUAUCGCUCCGAGGUAGCCGACUUCAUGGAUCUCAUGCACCUACUCAACACUUCUAACGCCGAGCUCAAGAUGGCCGACAACUACUACACGAUCCUAAGUAACCGGUUACCGGAGAUAUGGUUUGAUCAGGGUAUUGAGCUCGGCGGCGGACAGCCCUUCACAAUUGGGCGGGAAGGGGACGAUAGGAACGACCGGCAUAUCUUGCGUGCCACCGAGUACCUUGCAGCCCUGCUUCGAAGCUUCGGCGCGCAGCAGUUACCGUACAUCUCUCGAGACCCUGAGCAGGCCGAGGCAUCAGUGGCGCGAGCAGUCUGCCGCGGUGCACGGUGCUUGCUCGAAACGAAUAUAGCAUUGUUGCCCGGCAACCUCGAGCACGUCAGCCUUGCUCCGGGUGACAUUCUGGACCUGGAGACACAGAAUCGUGCACGUCUUAACGACGAUGAGGCCCAAUUAUACUUGCAGCAUCCGCCGAGUCGUGCCGUUGAUGACCGCUUCGAGACGUAUUUCCAGAGCUUGCAUAGUGCGUGCGGUGUGUUCUGGGAAAGAUCGGCCAUGACAAACUCCGUCUUUUAG